ACAAAUUUGGUGCGAAACAAUUAUUUUUCUUACUAUUUAAAGAAGAGACACUUCGCUUCACUUCAUUUAAUAAGUGCUCCAAUCAUUAUUCCAGCGAUGAUGAAAGCAAACCAGAAAGCGAAACCACACGCGCCACCGCGUCCUCUCUUCUCCUGUGGCUUCUUCCGCCGCUGCACACAGUACGUCCUCAGUCCAACCUCUCCUCACCGUAAGCCAACCACCACCCCUUCCUCCUCUUCAUCCUCAUCAACCUCCACUUCUCAAAGCUUCACUCAAUGGCGUUUCCCGCAUCACGCUGACCAAACUCCAUCCACCGUCACUCUUCCUCCCACUCCUCCUCCUCCGCCGCCUCUUCCGGUCGCCACCACUCUCCAAGAAACCUUCCAGAUCGCUGAGCUUCACCUCGCAUCAGUCUCCGAGUCCGACAAGCUCCUCGCUCUUCAGCUGCUCGAGCGAGUCGUCGUACCUGACCUGCCGUCGGAUCCGACUUGUCCUCCGGGUCUCAUGCGAGGCCUCGUCUCUUGCCUCCGCAGUAACAACAUCGUAACCGCCAAAUACGUCACCAAGAUCCUCCUCGCGCUCUGCCUCGCCGAAGGUAACCGCCACGUGGCGGUCGAGGCGGGAGCCGCUCGAGCGGUGGUGGAGACUGCGGCGGGGUUAGAGAUCUCUGCGGUGGAACGCGCAUUAGCUGCGCUUGAGCUCAUGUGCACGACGGCGGAAGGCGCGGAGGAGGUUCGUAGUCACGCGAUGACGGUGCCGGCGAUGGUGGCGGUGAUGGCGAGACUGGCCGGGAGGGGGAGAGAAAACGCCAUAAGCAUACUUGCGGUGGUUUACGGAAAGGGAGGAUUUGACGGCGAAGGGAUUACGGUGGCGCCGGCGGAGGAAGUGGCGAGGGCGGUGGCUCUGGCGCUUGAAGGAGAGUGUACGGCGAGAGGGAGAAGAAAAGGGGCCCACCUGUUGAAGACCCUUGAGGAAUAUGGACGGUUAGAUUUGAGUCAGAAUGGGUCAUGAGAAAAAUAAGAUCUAACGGCUGAGGUUAUGUCAGAUAAAAUAAUUCUGAAAGCUAACUUAGUGUCACGGGCUUGUUGUUCUUUUGUUAAAGAAGUGUGGGCCUCGGCCUCUGUCUCCCCCUUUCUAUGUGCAUAAUGCAUAAUAUGAAUUGUUUUUCCUAAAUAAGUUUUCAACGACGAAAUUAAAUUACUAGAAUUACUGCUGAA